CAUUCUCAACAGACGGAUUUCCUCCUCCUCCACUCUCUCAGACCUACUCACAUACAAAGAGAGCCAACAACUCCACUGUCCGCCGCCCAUCUUCACCACUUUACACCCAAAAGUGAUUAUUGUUUCCGCUAUUAUCGAGUGUGGCUCGUUUGGUCGCUGGUUUGUCGCUGUUUCUGUUGCUGGAUUUCACCUUCUAUUUCAGACCUUUGUUGGUUGUCUUCAGUUUAUUUUCGGCUGUUUAGGCUGUGCCAACUGAGAAUGAGAUGUUCUGCAAAAUUUUGGGCGGGCAGUUUUCAACGUGGAGACUUGAUUCACAGAAUCCACAUGUACAUCUUGGACUUCUGUCUAGCUUACAUCUUGGAUAUCUAAGCUGUUACGGAUGCUUGGACGCUGAGAAUCACUUCAAAGAUGAUUUUUUGGGUAUAACCAUUUGAUAUCCGGUACUACCGCUGCGUAGGGCCAUUAAAUGGGAAGCGCUCCUUACACGAAGUUUCUCCAUUUUCAGGACUAAAACUCGAGACCUCUACUUUGAAGUUUAGUGAAGAUUUAGCAUUCUUUUUGUUCCGUCAACAUACACUUCAAGUGUCUGGAGCUGUAUUACUCUACAAACAGGACUAUAGUGAGACUUGACUAUGCUUCUGACAAGCAAUGUCCACACGCGUUCUUCUGCAUGUGAGUGCGUUUUCUCUAUCCCAAGUGAACUCUCAACGUCUCUUUUCCGUGGAGUAUGCUGUAAAGUUGUUGAAAAAGUUAGUUGAUGAUGGGAACUUCAAGUUGGGAAAAGCUGUUCAUGCACUUCUUGUUGUUUCUAGUCAUGCCUCAGAAGACCACAUAAUUCAGAAUAAUUGUCUCAUUAAUCUCUACUCGAGGUGUGGACAACUUGCUGUUGCUCGGCGGGUGUUUGACAGAUCGAGUCAACGAAAUGUAGUUUCUUGGAGCAUUUUAAUGGCAGGGUAUUUGCACAAUGGGUAUGCUUGGGAAGUAACCAAAUUGUUCAAAGACAUGAUUUCAGUGGAUAAAAUAUUCCCAAAUGAGUAUGUCUUGUCUACCGUACUUUCUUCUUGUUCUAGCGGUGGUUUGCUACACGAAGGGCGGCAGUGUCAUACGUUAGUGUUGAAAGCAGGAUUGGUCUUUCAUCAGUAUGUGAAGAAUGCUCUUCUAUCCUUGUAUACAGUGUCUUCAGAUAUGGAAGGGGUUUUGGAAAUCUUGAAGUCUGUUCCUGGAUUAGACAUCAUUACUUAUAAUUCUGUACUGAAGGGGUUCUUGGAUCAUGGGUAUACAAGUGAAGUGUUGGAUGUUUUCUCAAGGAUGUUGGCUCACGGCUCGGCGGGGGAUAGUGUCAGUUACGUGAACAUAUUUGGUCUGUGUGCUCGCUUCAAGGAUUUGAAGUUGGGUAAGCAAGUUCACUGCAGAAUGCUGAAGUCUGGUCUUCAGCUUGAUGUGUUUCUAAGCAGCGCAAUCAUGGACAUGUACGGAAAGUGUGGUGAAAUUUCAGGUGCAAGAUAUAUUUUUGAUUCUUAUGCGAACCAUAAUGUGGUGUCUUGGACGGCAAUCUUGGCUGCAAAUUUCCAAAAUGAAUGCUUUGAGGAAGCCCUGAAACUAUUCUUACGAAUGGAACUUCAGGAUGUUAUUCCAAAUGAAUACACAUUCGCAGUGUUGUUGAAUUCCUGUGCGGGUCUAUCAGCACUUGGUUGCGGGAAAACAUUACAUGCACGUGUUGAGCAGACAGGACAUGGAGCUUUUGUUGUAGUUGGGAAUGCUUUGAUCAAUAUGUAUUUUAGGAGUGGCCAUAUCGAAGCCACUAGGGCCUUGUUUUCAAGCAUGAUUUGUCGAGAUACUGUUACUUGGAAUAUGAUAAUAUCAGGUUUCUCUCAUCAUGGGCUUGGUGAGGAAGCAUUGGAUGUGUUUCAGCACAUGUUAGCUGCCGAAGAGCAACCAAACUAUGUAACCUUUGUCGGGGUUCUUUUGGCUUGUGGACAUUUGGGUAGAAUAGAAGAAGGAUUUUACUACUUGCAGCAUCUAAUGAGGGACAUCGGCCUUGAACCUGGGUUAGAGCACUAUACCUGUGUUGUUGGGCUCCUAGGUAAAGCUGGAAAACUUGAUGAGGCUGAGAAUUUCAUGAGGUCGACGCCAGUCACAUGGGAUGUCGUUGCCUGGCGUACUUUGCUUAAUGCUUGUAACGUACAUUGCAAUUAUGGUCUAGGAAAGAGAGUCGCAGACCAUUUGUUGCAAUUGAACCCCAACGAUGUGGGAACUUAUAUCCUGUUGUCCAAUAUGCAUGCCAAGGUGAAAAGGUGGGAUGGAGUAGCAAAGAUACGGAAGCUAUUAAGAGAAAGGAACAUAAAGAAAGAACCUGGAUUGAGCUGGACUGAAAUAAGAAAUGAAACUCAUGUGUUUGUUUCUGAUGACACUCAACACCCAGAGACGGCUCAAAUCCAUGAGAAGGUGAGAAAAUUGCUGGCUGAUAUAAAACCGUUGGGUUAUGUUCCAGACACAGCUUCUGUCUUGCAUGAUGUCGAGCAAGAACAGCAAGAAGGUUAUCUUAGUUACCACAGCGAAAAGCUGGCUGUAGCAUAUGCUCUCAUGAAAACACCAUCCCAAGCGCCAAUUCAUGUUAUUAAGAAUCUCAGAAUAUGUGAUGAUUGCCAUUCUGCUUUGAAGCUUAUCUCAAAGGUCACAAUGAGAAUGAUAGUUGUAAGAGAUGUCAAUCGGUUCCACAGCUUUCAAGAUGGGUCCUGUUCCUGUGCAGAUUACUGGUGAAAAAUCACAAGAUUGACAUAUAAUGUCUUACAAGGCGUCAAAGGAGAAUUUUGCAUGCUGCUAUGUGUGAUUGGUAAAGAAGCUCACAUAAUCGUAUUCUCAGCCAAAACACUCAAGGGUUGGCCUGGUGGCAAUUGACUUGAGCCUUGGGGUUUGCUCCCUUUCAAGGUCUCAAGUUCGAAACCCACUGGGUGCAAACAAUUUCUGAGGGCCAUCGGACUGGGUAAAACCUGAAUUAACCGUGGUGCACUUGCGGGAAACUCCUUGCCGAGGGCCUGUGCACCCCCGGGAUUAGUCGGGGCUCAAAGAGACUUGGACACCCGGUGCAAAUAAAAAAAAAAAUCGUAUUCUCAGCCAACCAGAGGUUCCUGAACGAGCUGCAGCCGCUGCUGCACUGCACGUGUUCUAGCUGGACUCCCCAGAGGUAUUGAGCUCUAUAUAUGGGAGCAAACCUCCUGGUCAAGUUGUCGAGGAGCUGGAGGAAGAAUUCUAUUAAGAGGAAUUUGAUCCUGUCGGACAUAUUCUGGAGCAUAUUCCUUCUGAAGAUGGUGAACUAGCUUACUUGGAAGAACAGAUUACUUUGUUGGCAAAGAAACAGUCACCUUUAAUUGUUGGCUGAUAAAAAGGUGGUGCUUGAUCUAUGUUGGGUUCAAUAGGCUCAUGGCAGUACACACUAGUUUUAGAUCUAGUGAUCCAGCCAAUUAUGCCUUGGGUAAUGAUACAUUCCAGUGACAGAUCCACAAAAUAUAGGCAUAACCGUCCUCAUGCCCCUCAAAGUUCUGGUUCAACAGCGAAGGGGAUACAUCGCGGGAUGUGUGGUAGUCGCAUGUCACUAGUUUGAAUCCUGGUUGGGGAACAAGUCUAGUAUUUAAGUGGAGAACGGUAGAGGGGGCCAUUAUCCCCCGAAAUUUGAAGCUGGAAAACGAAUUUCUUGGUAAAAAAAAA